AAGGAUGCUUUUAAACCAAGCGAUGGAAGACUGGGUUCUCCCUCUGCUGGAAACGGUGGCCUGUUUUUGAGACUCAGAAGUCGGGGGGUAUCUGGGCUGACUCCGUUAGCGUUAGCCGGGCAGGGCUAACGGUUAGCCGUGAGCCGGUAGGUGUCUUUCUGAUGAUGUUGAUGUGUUCCUGUGAAAAAGUGGAUUUCAACAUCACGCCCCGCACCGUGGCCCGGCUCGUUUUCGAGGCCGAACAAGAUAACAGAAACGGAGGGAAUUCGUCUAAUGGGAGUACGGCCAGUAAUUCUCCACGCAGCACCCCUGGCAGCUCUCCUUCCCUGCGGCGCAGGGUCUUGGGGGGCAGUAGGACCAGUGAGAGUGAGGGAGGAGGGGAGAAAAGCAGUGGAGGAGGAGGGUGUGGAGGAGGUGGAGGAGGGGGGGGCUCUGAUAGCCCCCUUCCCUCCAUACCCUCUGCCUCCUCCCUCACCUCUGCCUACCCCCUCGCCACCCGCCACUUCAGCCGCAAUGCCAAGAAAAUGCAGAGCUGGUACAGUGUUCUCAGUCCUACAUACAAACAGCGGAACGAGGACUUUCGUAAACUCUUCAAGAAGCUGCCUGAUACAGAACGCCUCAUUGUCGACUACUCAUGUGCGCUGCAGAAAGAUAUCUUGCUCCAAGGCCGUCUCUACCUGUCAGAGAACUGGCUCUGCUUCUACAGCAACAUUUUCCGCUGGGAGACCACUAUCACCAUCCUACUGAAAGACGUUACUUCGCUGACCAAGGAGAAGACUGCCAAGCUCAUCCCCAAUGCCAUCCAGAUCAGCACUGACCAUGACAAGCACUUUUUCACGUCUUUUGGAGCGAGGGAUCGCAGCUACAUGAUGAUUUUCCGUUUGUGGCAGAAUGCGCUGAUGGACAAGCCUCUUUCCCCCAGGGAGCUAUGGAACAUCGUCCACCAGUGUUACGGCACUGAGCUGGGCCUCACUAGUGAAGACGAUGACUACGUCUCACCCAAUGCCGAGCACGUGAACGGCCUACUGCCAGGAGAUGAGUCGGUCUCAGUCACAGAUCUGUUGGAUCUGAGCUCGGCAUCCAUUCCCUCUGUGGGCAGCUCCCCUCCCGCCCAAGUGCCCUGCAGCCCGGCUAGCCAUCCCUCAGCCACCAGCCUCGGGGGCUCUUCUCCUCUGUCCUCUAUCUCCUGUCCUCCCAUAGAGGUCCCUUCCUUGUCAGGCCGCAGAUCCAGCUCCGACCCUCUGGAACCUAGCCUUCCCAGCUCCCAAAGUUCAUUGCCCUUCAACACACAAAUCAAUGCCUCUGCUCCAAUUUCUGCUGCUGUCUCCUUUAAUUUUGAAGAGGGUGGGGACAGCCUAUCAGAGCCAACCAGUCAUAUGCUGCCUCCUCCGGCCACCAGUCUGGGAAACUUGUCCUCGCUGGACAUCACAAAUGAUGAUGAAUUACCAACAGACCCCAGCAACUCCUCAGACACACAGGAAGAGAGCGAGGUGGAGUCGUUCUGUGCUGACUUGAGUGGGCGGCUGCAUAUCAACAAGGCGUUGCGCAUGAGCGUGGACAAGCUGUACGACCUGCUCUUCUCUGCUGACACACAAUUCAUCCAGCACCUCUUCUCCCAGCGCCACUUCACUGACUUGUCGGUGGGUGAGUGGCGGCAGGACAGCAGCAGUGGGAAUACCAGCCGUGUGUUGAGCUACACUAUUGCCAUCAAUAACCCGCUGGGUCCCAAGACUGCUCCCGUGGUGGAGACGCAGACGCUCUACAAGAGCAGUGCACGAGGUGAGUGCUACGUGGUGGACUCGGAGGUCAUCACAUCAGGCAUUCCCUACCAGGACUACUUCUACACUGUCCACAGAUACUGCCUCACCUCCAUCAACAAGCACAAGAGCCGGCUCAGAGUGUCUUCAGACAUCUGCUACAGGAAGCAGCCCUGGAGUCUGGUGAAAGCCCUUAUUGAGAAGAACACGUGGAGUGGUAUCGAGGAAUACUACAGACAUAUGGAGAGCGAGGUGUGCAAGCUGGAGACGCUGCUGCAGUCAGAGGUUUCUGUGGUAACCGCGGGUGAGGCGGCUGGCAUCGACACAGCCAAGACCCCCCCAGGCCUGCGCCGGCGCAAACGCACCUGCUCUAGGCGGCAGGGGGAGAGGGAGAGGGAGGGGGCAGGCAUGGGAGCCGGAGACCGUGGGGAGAGGGGAGUAGGCGAGGACAGGGACAGGAGAGAAGCUAAUGCUCAGUACAUGAAGCUGGGAGAGAGGUCGCGGAGUGGAGGAUCCAACAGUAUCUCCACCAUCCUCCUCAUAGUCAGCUUCAUUCUUGUGGUGCUGAUGGCCCUCAACAUGCUGCUCUUCUACAAACUCUAUGCCCUGGAGAGAGCCGCUCACACGCUGGAGACCUGGCAUUCCUACUCUGUGUCUGACAGUCCUCUGCCACAGACAGCGCAGGAAUGGGCCCAGGUCCUACAGCUUCAAAGACAGUUCCACCAGGCCCAGCUAAGCAAGUGGCAACAAAUCCUCCAGUCCUCCGUCACGCUGCUUGACCAGAUGAAACAGUCCUUAGAGAAGCUCCACCAAGGCAUCACAAUACCAGAGGUGCAGCGGGACCACCUCACAGAUCCCCCCACUGUGGAGCCCCUCACAGAGUCCUCACCUGAGCCCUGAGUCGCACCCCCCCACCUCACCCAACGGCCUCUCUUAGAGGAGAGCAGCCUAUGAAAUGACCCUGGGAGAGCGGCAGUAGAGGUUGGCGAUCAGGGACGAGUGGCAGGUCAGUCACACGAGGGCUGACACGUCCCUGUCUUCAAACUGAAAACAGAAAGUAGGACCUGUGAGGCCACUAUGUAACUCAUAACUCUCCUGGUCUGAGAGCUUUGAAAAGGUAAAGCUAGUCUUUAGCCUCCACUGACAGUUCUUGUGACUUUGUGUUUGUUUAGACUGGUAGCUAUCAACGCCACAGCAAUAAUAUAAUAUAUAACUAGAGUGGUGCAUCAUUAACAUAACGUAUGUUGAACGGUAUACAACGGGCUACAAGAGGGCCUGUCUGCUGGACUGUCUACUCCUCACAAGCCAGGCUGCUGCUGCCUGUGUCGCCUGUCACCCUCCAUACCUUCCCAGGGUCCAAGAGACAUUUCAUAAUGGCCAGCUGCAUUUCACAAAGACUUGAACUCACACUCCGUUCAUUUCAGAAUCUCUGACCAAAAUGCAUUUCACACACCGUCGCAGAGGUCCUGUUCCGAAACGGACGUUCCUCUCACGAGAGCGUUGCCAGACCGAGAGGAAACCUUUUGGUGAGAAGGUUCCUGAGUUGCUGGGGAAGUUGGAGGGUGUCCUCCCAGCCCUGGCAGCUGGGGAUGAUCCUGCCCCCAGCUAAUGCGUGACAGGCAGGAGGGCGUCUUCCUUUUCUGUGCAGGGGGGAAGGUGGUGGUGGUGGUGGGGGGGUCUCUGUAUGGACAGAGUAGUGCUGACAAGAGCGUUGCCUCUCUUGUCCGCUCACUGUGUCUCUACCUCCCCCUCUGUCCUCCUGGAUUAGCUCGUCCAUCCCGGAUGUCGUCCCUUGUGAAGGCCACCGCCCUCUGUGCCGGACGAGAGGAAGAACGAGGAACAUUUCAGUGCAAGACACUUUUUUUUUCCCCUCUGAUUUUUAGAGGGAAAUUAUUCAGCUGUGAAUCUAAACCCAAACACACUCCAACCUCCCCGGGUUUUAUCUGUUACCUGGGUCGUUUGUCAGGACGGCAAGCUGCCUCGCCCGGACCGGCGCAGUAUUUAUUAUCGGUGACUUUUCAAGUUUUUUUUUUAAAAGGAAAAAAGUCCUGUCCUGCUCUAAGCAAGUCAUUUAGUGUUUCCUUUUCCUCUCUUUUCGCUGUCUCAGCGAGGACCAAGAGGGAACUGGUGUGUACACGUGAACUCUCCAAGUGAUUACUUGUCAUGGCGGUAAUGACAGUAGUGAUUCUAGAACUUUCUGAAUGUUUCAAACAAGUCGUUUGUAAUGGUAGCAAUGAGAAGGUGUGCCGGAGUGUGGGGCACGCCAGAGACAAGCAAAAGAAAGGUCACGUUGUGACUCGACCAGACGUGCACGUGUGUAUUAGGAGUCCUCGAUGUUACAUCCCCUAAAGUUGUGUAAUGUGUUACGAGUUCCAUCAGUUUGCUUUCCUUUUGUUUUAAUUUUUUUUUUAAGAUUUCUUUAAGAGAUUUAACUUUUUGCAUUUGGCCACUCACGUUUCUGCACGGAACCAGACUUGAAGCCUUCAGGGACAGUUUUUGAUGGGAUCAGGUAGAAACACGGAUGCAAUAACAGCUUCUUCGUAGUCCAGCUAGACUGAACAACACACACACACUCACACACAUACAUGCAUGCACAAAGUAAAAAAGGACCAACUCAACAUUUUGAGUCUCAUUGCGAAAAAAAAAGGGAAGUUAUUUUGUUUGCAGUAUUGUUUUGUGCUUGUACCGUGUAUUUGACCGCCCGCUGUAGUUCUGUUUUCACUCUUUUCCUUUUGUAUCUUUACCAUGUUUGUGUUUUUUGUUGUUACUUCGAAACCAUUUUACUUUUUCUGGCCAUUCUUUACCUCUCCUCUCCCUCCUCCAAGUCUCUGAUGAUCUGAGAAUCUCUCUCUCUCUUCUGAAUCUCAGUGGUGUGACUUCCCUUUCUUCAGUGUGCUCCUUACCAUCACACCCUCUUGUCUGUCUCUCUCUGUCUGUCUGUCUGUCUGUCUGUCUGUCUGUCUCUCUCUCUCCUGUGCACUGAAAGUGUCAGUUUCUGGCAGCACGUUGACCCUGCUGCGCAUGGUCGUGCGUGGGUAGUUAAAGGGUAUUUAUUGGGUUAGGGAGGCGGGGGUAGACGCACACGGAGAGAGGAAGAUGGAUGGGUAGCGAGGGUGAGAAUGUACUUGAAAGAUUUGAUUGUGCACAAUGUCACAGAGCGAAAUGAAAAGUUCUAAGAUAUAACAAAGUCUUCGUCUUUGAGUCUUUUCUGUGUGUGUGUGUGCCCAUUCAUGCAUUGAAUGUGUGUUUGUGUCCAUUGAAACCUUCUCCUGGAUCGCCACCUUGUCGUGGUGGAGAAGCUUGUGUGUACCAAUAAUCCCAAGAGCUAUGCCGUCCAGGAGCCGUCCCCUCCUGGUAGGGUCACCCAAGGGGGAGGUUCCAGAUGAAGCGUGAUCCAACAAAGACCUCAACGGUGGAACUGGUGGAAGACGACGCCAGUGAAGGCAGAUGAAGGCUGCAACAGAGGGUGGCCCCCAAUCGUCCUGGUUCUCCAUGCCAUUGGACUCUGGCCUCCC